AAGAAAAUAUAUGCAUGGAGUUCCCAAAUCCCAAAAUUGUAUCGAAGGCCUCACACCCACCUAAGCUAAAUAGCGAAGCAACCAAUUUUGCUCUGCAUGUAUUAGUAACCGUUGCUGAUGAAAGAAUAAAAAAGGCAAACGCGUCUUCACAAAACUAAUGUAGCCGACCAAAGCGAGCAAACAUGUAUUAGAAUCUCCAAAAACAUCGCUGCGCUGGUGGGUUAGUGUGAGCUGUGCAUCCGUUCAGAUCGCUUGUCUUCAUCCGCUUCUUGGUGGUUGACUAUUUUUAGCACUUCGUUCAUAGAGUAGUUCGGUAAACACAAAAAGCUUUGAAUCAGGUAAAGUUUGUUUUCUUCCCAAAAUCAAUCAGGAUGGACGUAGAAAAUAGUUCAACGGCACCUAAAGUUUCAACGAGCUCAUCAAACCAGACUCCAGAAGUGGCGGUCGACCCUGUAACAGGAGAAGUCAUCCCAAACAUCAACACCUAUCAACAGAAGAAAAAUCUUGCCUUAGGUAUGAUGGACCUGGCGCUGGUAUCGGCCAACGCCAACCAGCUGCGCUACGUGAUCGAAUCGUUCGCCCGUCACCCGUACUAUUACUUCAGCAUAAUCUUCAUCUCAAUCAGCCUGGUCAUACAGAUUGCGGUCGGCGUUGGGCUCGUUAUGAACAGCCGUUACGAUGUCAACAACAGGCGGGAAACCUGCAAAGCGAACAGAAUCAACAAUUUUGUCACGAUCGGCAUCUUCCUGAUAACGUUGAUCAACGUGAUAAUAUCGGCGUUCGGUGUGGCACCGCAAGUGGACUGAAUUCGGUAGUUUGGGCACUUACUGCAUUUUAUCUCGUGACUGAUUGCGUGAUUUUUUAGUUAUAGUUAAGCCAAUGAAGGCCAAACGUAAGAGACUGGAAUUUUAAGUAUGGGAAAUCAAUCCGUUCAGACUGCAGACCAUUCCCGAGUUGAAGAAAAAAUCAAAACAAUAUCAUCAUUUGAUAUUACUCAGUGAAGUACUCAAGAUCAUAAUAAUUAGCUAUUGGUUUAUUUGACAUAAGAGAUAAAAGAUUAAAAAUAAGAUCAAAAAUUAGUAUGGGGAAAAACAUAAUAAUAUCCCAUUCAGAUAUUAUACGAUCAAACUAAUAUCUGGGGAGAUCUGGGCUGUACCAAUAUCAAAAAAUGAUCUGACAGAUGGACUAGAGUAAAAAAAAGAUAUAUGGUCACGACCAGAAUCGAACUUAUGAGCAGUGACAUUACCACUGCACUACGACUCAUAUCUGGAAAUAGGAGGCAACAAGAGCAUCAAGUUCUACGUUUUCCAAGUUGUGUUGCUUUGGUCGCUCCAUGUUGUAGAUGAGUGUAUGAAAGAACUAAUUUUGAUUUUGAAUAGUAUUUUUCAGAUCCUUCAAUUUUCGGAUGUUAUAGAUGAAUGUGUGAAGAGCUAAUUUUGAUCUUAAGCAGUAUUUUUCAGAUUUUCCAAUGAUGAAUGCUCUAUUGCAGAAUAUUAAUACAGUUUCCACUCAAAAUUUUCAAACUGAAGCGAUAUGAUGAAUUAAGGCUCAAUUGGGAAUUGCAUAUUUUCCUAAACUAAAAGAGCACUUUUCUAUAGAUGAUUUCACAUUUUAUGCCUAUGCUAUGAAUUGUGAACAAAGCUAGUGAUCCAAACUUCAAAAACGACAUGUGUAGAAACAUUUAUGGAUUAUUUUGCGCCUAAAACAGGGCGAAUUUCCACCAAUAGGACGCAAUCAGUGAAGCACUAGAUUGUUUUAAUGAGCUGAAUUUUUGUAUGGUGAGAAGGUAACUUCUCCAUAUCUGCAAUAGAAUGACGCAAAAAGCGUGACUAUCACCAUUCCUUGCCUAAUUUAAUGCUGUUUGAGCAAAACUUUGGGUAACUGUGUCAUUGUUUUCUUCAUUUCUUGCAACUUAAGCAACAAAGUUUUCCAAAGUUUUGCUCUAACAGCAAUAAAUUUGGCAAGGAAUCAUGAUAGCUACGUUUUUUUUUGCAUAAUUUCGUUACAGAAACGGAGAAUUUACCUUCUGAUUUCUAUUGUGAACUGUGCCCAGUAAAACGUUGGAAGCAUUCAGAAGAUCGUGGCCGUCACGUCACGACCGUCGCCUGUUCGCAUACCCGAGGCAAAAUUACUACGCAAUUUGUUGGUUGAAACCCAAAAAGCUGGUCAUCUGCAGCGGUAUGUUUCGUUGAAUCUAGAAUAGAAUCAAAUGGUCCGUUUUUCGUAAUGGCCGUAUUGUGUUUAGCGUGCCGAUAGAGCUCCCAAAUUGUCCGGUGAUCCAUUUAUUGGAUUCGUAUCACAAAGGCAAGCUUCGAUGUCGAGGUCCAGAUCAUGUUAUAAUCGGACUCAAAUAGAAAGCCUCUGCUGGAUUACUCACAGUGAAAUAAAAUAAACAACUGAUGUUAAACUGGGCAAAGCAGUAGAAUUUACUGCUAGCUCAGCUCUUUAUGAACAAUAAGGAAUCUAUCGCCUUUUUUAGUAUCGUAAAGAAAAGCAAAUAUCGAUUUUAGCGUUUUUUGUGCCGAUUUCUCUGUAUUUUGGUUCAAAUGCCGCAUCUAUAAACCCGUUUAUUGAAAAUGAAGGCCACUUCUACCUCCUUUUUGUCCCAGUACUCGUUUGAAAAAUUCGUGGUGGACAUAAGGCGGCAUUUUUGAACUCGUUGGUUGGUUCAUUAGGAUCUGGGGGCGCUCAAAAUGUGUUUUUGUAUGAAAAUUUCAACUUUUUUUUUGUAUGGGUCGUAAAGUUAAGCUGUAUUCCCAAUUCCCCUGAAGCGUUACGUAAUUUAUUAAUUCCCUAUCUCCUGAAGCAUUACGUAAUUUGGGGACGGCGCAUAAUGAAAGUAUACACCAAAGUUAAAAAUAGUUUUCAUGCGCAAUGUUGGGAAAUUCCGAUAUUUAUUAGCGGGUGGGUUACCCAAGGCUUUCCGAAGUUCACAUUAAGUAUUAAUCAGAGCAUUAAUGAUAAAUCAUAAAUUUAAUCAUGAUUAAUGAUUAAUGGUUAAGAUUCAUCAAAAAUCAUUAAUCACAAUAAAAAAAAUAUCUUUUAAUCAUUAAUCAUUAAUCUUAAUCACACUGCUUUCUCAAUUUACGGUGAAGAUAUGACGAAGCCACACCUCUAAUUUUCAAGAGCACAAAUCUGAAGAACCAAAUGACGGAUGACACUGAAAAGUUGAUCGAUUGGUCACCACCAGCGGCUGAUCAAUCGAUCAACUUUUCAGCGCUUUGCGAUAUUUGGUUCUUCAGAUUUGUACUUUUGAAAAUUCGAAGUGUGGCUUCGUUCUAUAUUCACCUUAAUCAUUAAUCAGUAAUCAUAAUCAUAAGAAAACAAACUCAAUCAAUCAUUAAUCAUUCAUCAUAAAAAAUGGUUCAUCACAUAAAAUAUAUGAUCCAAUUUGAAUUAGUUUAAAUGCUGUUCUGAAUACUUAAACCUUUUUUAUACAGGUUAUUUUUAUGCACUUUCCAUUUAUGUACCUUUUUUAUGCCCUACAAUACUGUGCAUAAUGUGCAUAUUUUUUUAUUAUUAUCACCGUGUACUUUAACACAAGCUAAAUAAUGUGCAUAUGUAAUAAUAACAGUAGCUAUAGCAACGGCGGCCAGGGGACGUUUAUAGGAACGAUCAAAGGGAGGUUUCAGGGGGUCAAAAGGGGCUUCAGUGGGGUACCAGGAAAUCUUAUCAGGUUUAAGGAAAUUUCAGGCAGUCGCAGUGGGUUUCUAGGGGGCUUCAGGAGGUUCAAGGUAGCAGGACUCAGGGGUGUUUCAGGGGAAUUCCAAGGGGUACCUGGGUGUAUCCGGAGGUCUUGGAAGCGUUUAAGAGGGUUCAAUGGGUUCCAAGGGAUCUCAUGGGCGUUUCAUGGGAUCCAGAGAGCUUCAGGGGGGAUUCAGGGAGUCUCAGGGGCAUUUUUGGAGGUUUUUGAGGCGUUUCGUGGGAUCCAAAGGGGUUUCAGAGAGGUACCUGGUGGUCAGGUCUCGGACAUUGGUUUUCGGAGCAGGUUUUAGGGGCUUUUCCGGGAGCAUUUCAAGUAAAAAAUAUGACGAAGCUGCAUCUCGAAUUUUCAAAAGCACAAAUCUGAAGAACCAAAAGUCGGUUUGCGCUGCAAAGUUAGUCGAUUGGUUAUCCGCUGGUGGUGAGCAAUCGAUCAGCUUUUCAGCGCAAACGGACAUCCGGUUAUUCAGAUUUGUGCUCUUGCAAAUUCAAGGUGUAGCUUCGUCAUAUCUUCAGGAAGUUUCAGAGGAUUUUCGGCGGGUUUCGGAGGCGUAACGAAGGCGUUUUUGGUUUCAGAGGUUGUCAGGAGCGUUACAGGUGGCCAACGGAGUUCUAAGUGGAUUUCGGGAGCAUUUCAGUUUCAGAGGAUUGUUGGUAGAUUUUGGAGGUGUAACGGAGGUGUUUUCGAUGGUUUCGCUGGGUCAUAGGUGCGUUACAUGGUGUCCAUGGGCUUUUAAGGGGAAUUUCGGGGGCAUUUCAGGAAGCUUUUAGAGGAUUAUGGACGGGUUUUAGAGGUCAUAUAUAAGCGUUUUCAGUGCUUUCGGAGGGUCACAAAUGAGUUACAUUGGGUCCAUGGGAAUUUUAGGGGAAUUUUCAGAGACCUCUUAACGAAAACACUUGAGACGCCCAGAACAUGCCUUGAAACGCCAAUGAAACCUCCAUAAUCUCAUCGAAAUGCCUUUGAAAUGUCCGUAACCUAUUCGAAAUGCCCCUGAAAUCCUAAAAUGUUCCUGAAAGCCCCUCUGAUAUGACCCUACCUGAAAUGCUUCGAAACACCCCUGAAAUGCCCUUGAAAUCAUCGUAAUCAAAUUGAAAAACAAAGAUAAACCCCUUGGAACGCCCCUGAAACUAUCUGAAUCGCCUGUGGGAUGCCUCUGAAAUGCGUUGGAACGCCUCUGAAAUUCCCAUUAUACUAUUGAAAAUCCCUUAAAAUCCUUUUAAAAACUCCAAUGAAACCUGACGGAACGCCCUGAAUGCUCCUGAAGAAGGAACACCGUUUCGUUGGACUUUCUGGGAUCUUCCUGAAAAUCCCUUGGCCUCAUCUCAAAUGCCAGGGAGCAAGACCUGUUUACGCGAACUUAAUUCGUUCAUUACAGCCCUAAUUUGAUUGUUUUCCCUCUUAUUAUGUCCGUUUUAAUUUAUGAACCCCCAGCCAAUGGCAUAAAAUUUGGUUCCAGUGUAAUGUAAUUUAUGUCCCUUUUUUUUAAAUGUCUUCAAUACACUCAAUUCUGUUUUCAGGCGAUGGAUGCGUCCGCGCAAAAAGAAUUCCCGCAACUUCGAGAAAUCGCGCAAAAUAAAAUACAAAGGAUUUUUUUUCGCGAUAUGCCCUCCGUAAAAGACCAAAAUCGCGUAAAAAAAUCGCGUUAUUUCGAGAAAAUCGCGUAGAAAAAUCGUGCAUAAUAGAAUCGCGUAAAAACAAAAUUCAUUGUACAGAGUUAUCUUUUUAAGGCUAGUUCCCAGCAGGUUCCCACUUUGUACGUGCUGUACAAAAAGAUGGGACAUGAUAUAAUGUGAUUCCGCUUCAAAAUUACUUGAGCGAACCCAUGGCAAAUAAAAUGUAACGUAUCGCAUGCAAUUCAAAUGAAGUUGUCACUUUUCCUCGCGGAGGAAUAGUAACGCUUGCUCUCAUACUAGAUCAGUUAUUGAAAGUACCCAAGCAACACACAGGGUUACAAAGCAGUGACGGCAGCGUAUGUAAGGGUUGCACAGAAGCCACUGUGACUUCUUUCGGGCUGUUCGGGCUCGUUCGGAAGUUAACCAUCAAUGUUAACUUCUUUUCCCGAUCAGCCUAGAUAGCUGUGUAGUGUCGGUAGCGGUUGUCUCAAUUGGCUUAGAAUAACACUACGGAACGGACCGCCUGAUCCAGUGGUAAGAGUCCACUAAACAGGUGACCCCUAGUUCAUGGUGUUAUGCGGCUUUAUGCUUACCGUGCCAAGGACUGAAUGGUUAGGGGGGUCUAAUAAAAACCUAACCACAAACGGAGCCUGUGGAAAAUUAGGGCGUCCUCCACAGUAUUCCGCUCUUACUGCGCUAACCGGAGCAAUGGUCCAGUGGACCUUGCGUUUCUCCGAGAUAAUCAGUUGCCCUUCUUAAGUCUCAAAUUUGAGGCUAAGUAAGGGCGGGAUUAUUCAAAUGUUGUAAAUUAGCUUACAUUACUACCUAUAUGGGUUCGCUUAAUGCGUUUCAGCCAUUGGCGUUUUUCAAUUGACACCGAUUUGGUUUGUCGUUGAUGUUUCCUUUUUGUGCUGUGAUUGUGAAGAGUGUAAUCCUGUCUAGUUUGGGUAGUGGCUACGACUAGGAAACCUCAGAUCAAUUUUCAGCGUAAAAAGCGUGCGUAGCCCAAGUGGCUCUACUUCAAAAAGUUCAUUUUUGUAGGGUAACUUCUGUAUAGGUUACCUUGUGAACCCAGUCUUGCUUCUUUCAUUAUAAAUGAAGUGUCGUGCCUCGAGCAUGCUAUAUAUUAGAAUAACGUUAACAGUAUAUUUCAAUCUUUCCUUAUGGAUGCCUUCAAGCAAGCUCUUGUAUUCAGCAUCGUUUCGCUGAUAUUUGGCAGUAUUGCUACGAUGAUUACAGCAUCUGAAGUAGCUUAAACAUUAAUUGGGGAUGCUUCAGUUUGAUGGAUUACUUAGGUAGUACAGUUACUUAAGGCAGCCUAUUUAUUGCACCCAUAAACAAAUAGAAACGCUCCAUAGAAAAUCAAAAAGCGCUCCAUAAAGAAUGAACAUAUGUUCCAUGAAAAUGUGCAAUGUUACUCAUAAAUAAUUGAAAACGUUCCAUACAUUAUAAAAAAUGUACCGGUAAAACAUCAAAUUUUCUCAUUAAAAGUGAAAUUUUGCACCAAUAAAUAAUACUGAAAUGCUCCAUAAUAAAAUACAAAUGCUCCAUGGAAAAAUGCAAAUGCUCCAUAAAAAAUUAAAAGUGUACCCAUAGAAAAUUGAAUAUUGCUCCAUAGAAAAAUUAAAUUGCACAAUAAAAAAUUGAAAUUGCACCAUAGAAAAAAGACAAAUGCUCCAUAAGUAUUAUCGAACUGCACCAUAGAAAAUAUGAAUUGCUCCAUGAAAAAUUGAAAAUCCUCCAUAGAUAGAAUAUUCUCAUAAUUUAAUUCGACAGGGCUGAAUUGCUUUACAUUGCACUGCUUUAGUGGUGCUAAUGUUUAAAGUUAUGGAGAAUUUUCAUUUUUUUAUGGAGCAAAUUGUAUUUUAUGUGGUGCAGUUUGAUAAUACUUAUGGAGCAUUUGUCUUUUUUCUAUGGUGCAAUUUCAAUUUUUUAUGGUGCAAUUUAAUUUUUCUAUGGAGCAAGAUUCAAUUUUCUAUGGGUACACUUUUAAUUUUUUAUGGAGCAUUUGUAUUUUUCCAUGGAGCAUUUGUAUUUUAUUAUGGAGCAUUUGAGUAUUAUUUAUUGGUGCAAAAUUUCACUUUUAAUGAGAAAGUUGAUGUUUUACCGGUACAUUUUUUAUAAUGUAUGGAACGUUUUCAAUUAUUUAUGGGUAACAUUGCACAUUUUCAUGGAACAUAUGUUCAUUCUUUAUGGAGCGCUUUUUGAUUUUCUAUGGAGCAUUUGCAAUUUGUUAUGGUUGCAAUAACCUUUUGCCGUUACUUAACAUUAAAUUGCACCUAACUGAACUCUGCAUGAGCAGAAUUUGUCAUGAGUUGACUGAUUGACAAGUGUCAGAUGAGGAGUCUCCAUUUGACCUUCUUUACACUUUUGAGUGUUCCUUCACAAGCUUUGCGUAUUUAGGCUUCCCUGCUCAACAUACUGGGUAACCUGUACUAAUUGGUUGCGACCACAUUUUAUGGAUAACUCGCUUCCAAUGCUACUCCAAGAGAGUUUCAUUGUGGUUUUGGUACUUCAACGCCCUCCAUUGUGGUAUACCAUAACUAUUGCUUUGCAAGAAGCUUGUCCUCUGCGGUCUGUGCGGACCACAAGAGGUAUACCUGAAAGGAACUCUGAUCUGUUCAAGUUCAAAAUAUCUUCGGAUAAACCAUUCUUUUGUAUAGUUAGGGGAGACUGAGGAGACUUAAUCCCUGGGGAGACUUGUUCCCCCCAUAUUUGCUCGGAAUCAAAAACAUUUUUCUUCUAGCAUAUUUUUUUCCAAAACUACUCCUGGACAAACGACUAUGUUUUGGCUACAAGUGAUUUCGAUUGUACAUUGCAUUAUUUUUUAACGGCUGAUGGUUUGUUUUCAGUUCUUCAGAAAUCUUUUGGGCGAUUCCGAAAAAUCUCAAUAACUUUGUGAAAAUUAAACCAAAUCGUGUCAAAAUUUCACAGCACAUAGUUUAAAUAGAAUACUUUCAAACUUAUUUAUCCAAAUAAGGCUGUUGUUAACAUAUUUUAAUUAAUUCAGCUUAGUAUACACAACAGUGACAUGGGGAGACUUGAUCCCUCGAGGAUUACGCACACAUUAUACAUGUGAAAAAUAAAAUUCUAUUCGGAAGCCUCUAUUUACUUGGAAUUCUAGUCUAUUCAACGAUAAAAUGUGUCAGAUAAUUAUAACUUUAGUACAAACUAAGAAAAGGGGGAUCAAGUCUUCCCAUUUUGAAACUACGGCAUAUCCUUAAAAAUUUAAGGAAAUCUUAUAAUUUCAAACACUCCAAAUUCAAAUACAAGAAAACUUGAAAAGAAAAUGAAUAGGAAGACUCUGGAAUUAUUUUCCCUUUAAAUAAACCAUGUGCUCAAAGGGGGAUCAAGUGUCACCCAUUUUUGAAAAAUACAUCAUAAGGCAUGCCUCCAUAAAAACACAGUUUUGAAAACUUUAACAAUAAUGUAAAGGCCUUCUGUUGUGUAUUAACUUGCAAUAGAGGUUUACCUGCCAUUUUGUACGGAAAUCGGAUCUAGUUUUGGGUUUUUUCUUAAAGUUUCAGGUAAAUUAAGAAAAAGGGAUCAAGUCUCCCCAGUAUCCCCUACGAAUCUCUAGCUUCCGCCCGAGAAUUGUAGCUAUAGAUUCGACUUGGUGGGCACUAAAAUGCUCUGCUUACUGCUUCUCCAGGAGCAAAUGGGGUUUUGUCCUAUUUUUAUCCAGAGGGAUUUGAGUAUUUCAAACAUGUUUUUGAACUCUUGUAAUUUUCUAUUGGGUAUUUUCAUGGCGUGAAAUGACUCCAUAAUUUUAUCCCGAAAGGGUGAGUGCGUUGUAUAAAGAAGGAAUGAGUUCCAGAUUUAGCAGUUUACCUCGUUCUUUCUGAAAUGCUUGAAACGCAUUGUCGAUUAUCACAUAUGUGAUGUUCGUCUGGCUAACAUGCCUAUUCAUGUGAACACACAUGCCUCCCAAUUUGGGAUGUCCACAGUGACUCUUUUACAUAAAAUUGUAUACUUUUCCAAGAAAGUACUCGCUCAAACGUAGUUUUUGCUUGGGUGAUUUCUUGAAUAUUGAGGAUGCUUUCGAUGACGUGCCUUUCAAUGUCAUAUUGAAAGUCACAUGACGUCACAAGCUACCUCCAAUGAGCUAUAGACUCUCUUUACGCUUAUGUGUUUUACAAUGUCCCUUUCAGGGCACUGAAUAAACCCGUUGUGGUAUGGGCUAUGAGCUCUCGUUGCGCUUAUGCGUUCAUUCCCUCUUCCAGGGCACCCCUUCCUAUUUCAUCACCUUUCCCUUUCCUAAUUCCCAUCCCUUGUCCUAUUCUCCCUCAGGUAAAUGAUGAAAUAGGCUUAUAUGUAUGGCGAUGGCACAAAUGUCCCAAAUGGAGGAUAACGUGCCUCUGGAGCCGGCCGUCUGAUACCUGAUACCACUGUGACUUACUGUGCAACCAUACGCUGCCGUCACUAAUUUAUAACCCUGUGUGUUGCUUGGAUACUAGCGGAAAAUGAGAAAUUCUACUUGAAUUUCAAAUAUAUUUUAAAUAACUUAGAUCUAGUUUAUCAUUAAUCUUUUCCAGUUUUUUGUGAUUAAUUAAUCAUGACUAUUUAUCAAUGAGCCAUUUUAAUCAUUAAUCAUUUUCAGUAAUCACAGAUAAACCCAACUUCAAUCAUUAAUCAAUCAUUAAUCAUACUAAAAAUCAAAUAAAUCAUUAAUCUUUAUCGUUAAUCACAAAAAUUAUAAUUUUAAUCAUCAAUGAUUAAUCAUGAUUAAUCUUUUUGUUAAUCAUGAACGCUCUGGUACUAAUUUAGAAAUCAUAUCACGAUGCGAUAUUGAGAAUUUAGAUAUUCUGCAACUCUUUGAACAUCUCACCAACAUCAUAUUAAGAUAUGACAUCAAAAUUUGAUUGUUUUAAGAUAUGAUUAUGAUAUUCACGUCUACCCGGGUUCAUACCAAAAACGAGCAAUUUUUCACGUAAAUGAAGCUCUGACCAAUUUACCAAUUUAAUAAACCAACAUACAAAUCAAACUUGAAAGUACAAAUUCAUGGGAUCUGGAAAUCGAUAGAACCAAACCGAAUUGAAUUUUGACGUUUGGGUGAAAACUUGACUUUUCAAUCUAUGAAUCAAUGGGAAAAGUCAAACAUGUUGGUGAUUUUCUUCGCUUGGAUUUAUUUUCUGUAGGUGAAAUCAAUGAUACUUUAUAAUAUUUCAGUGACCUGUGAAUUAAAUAUUCCAUAAUGCAUUUUUUAGUUAUACGUAGUGCUAGUUAGUUGAUCGAAUGUUAGUUUCAUAAUAACUAUUAAAAGAUAUCAAAUUGUAUUUUUGGUUAACAGUUCGUUGACAUACAUACACUAGUUUUUUAUAAGGUUUUUAUGACCUCAGGGCCAAUCGAACAACCUUCGAACACAAUUAAGUACCU